AUGAAAGCCUGGGGUCGCGGGCUUCCUCCAUUGGCUCGAGCCUCAGACCACCUGAUUCACAAGGACCAAUGGAAAAGUAACCUUGGGGUUUCCGGGGUCUGUCUCGGCAGGGCGUGGAGCCCGCCUUCUCGAAGCGCUGAUUGGACGCUCGGUCAGAGGUAGGCCUUCCAUUGGUCUGCGUGGCGGGAGAAGGGCGGGAUCAGUUUGUGCCGCAUCACUGUAUCAGGGUCCCCUCGCCGGCUAGGAUUCACGGUUGCCAUGGCGUCCUACUUUGAAGAGCACGACUGCGAGCCGGGAGUGCCGGAGGAACAGUACCGGCAGAAUGCGCUCCUGGAGCUGGCGCGGACGCUUUUCAAUGGGAUGGACAUAGAGCUAGCAUCUGCCGACUUUACGGACUGGGACCACCGACUGCCUCCCCCUGCCGCCAAGAGAGCCGUCCAGAGCCUGCCAAAAGCCAUCAUCACCGCGGCUCAGGCUGACAAAGGUCUGAAGUGCCCUGUGUGCCUUGUGGAGUUUGAGGAGGAACAGACCGCCCUGGAGAUGCCCUGCCAACACCUCUUCCAUUCCGACUGCAUCCUACCCUGGCUGGGCAAGACCAACUCCUGCCCACUGUGCAGAUGUGAGCUGCCCACAGACAAUGAAGAAUAUGAAGAGUAUAAGAAAGACAAGGCUCGGCGGCAGCAGCAACAACACCGCCUUGAAUACCUUCACGGAGCCAUGUACACAUGAUGGGCUCACUCUUUCCCUCCCAACACUUUUCCUUGUGUCAAUUAAACCAUUUCCUCACCCUGA